UUAUGUUUGGUGAUAAGUGACUGUCACCAGCCGGUGACUGCUAGGUGAUCACCAGAAAAUUUGCAAUUAUGUGAGGUGAUCACUUUCAGUGUCACCGUUAAAAGUGACUAGGCUAACUUCGCUCACUUAUUCCUUCUCACUUCUAUGAAACGUCACUUGAUUUGUUUGGUCUCAUGAUAAUCAAUUCAAGUACGUUCGAAUUUGCCUAGCGAAAGUUAAACUCCGGGAUCUUGGAAAUCAAAUCUUUCCUAGCGCGGAUGGAUGCAAGCGGUGGCUUAUGCAACCAAGAGCAACUACCGUGAUAACGAAAAGUACCAUUAAAAUAGCGAUACUAUCAACACGACGAUCUCCUCACACUAACGGUUGUACUCGUACCGUAUUACGUUUGAAAACGAAAUUGCAUAUACGGUGUAGCCGUAUGGUACUGUAGUGCUCUGUUAUUGCUGCCAAUAAUGCCAACCAAUCCGGUGUCAUUCAUGAAGUGGAUAGUCAGGUAAACUUAUGGAAUGAUGGCCAGUUGAAAUACUACGAAACUCGUACCACUCCGGUCUGAUUAGUCGGUCUGAAAAAUUGUGAUAGUUAACUUCGGCUUACCACCGGUACUUAGAAGACAAUCAGUCACGACGGCACAUGCAGAUUAAUUGAAUCCAACAACCUGAAAAACGGAACACACUAGCCGGAUCCUGGAAAUAGCAACCACCACCGGACAGCGGACUACAGUAAUUCGAACGAAUCUGCGGGUGGUACACCAAGUUAUUCGGUUAUAUUCGGAAAUGUUUUUCAUGUCAAAUAUAUUUUUCGAUGAUACGCAAGACGAAAACGAAUUUCGAAAAAUUCGUUGGUAUAGGCGACAUUUGAGGGAUCGGUCUAACCCGCUCGACCUACCGGAGGAACACUUUUUACAGCGCUAUCGCGUGAGCAAAGAUGUUUUCGCAUAUUUACUACGUGAACUUAAAUUCGAAGCUGGAUACAAGUGCACGUUCAUUCCACCUAUUCUCCAACUUGCUAUUACACUGCAGCUCUUAGGUGGAGGUGCGUACCAGUGGCAAGUGGGUACCGAUUUCAUAUCUCCUAUGGCCCAAUGCACUGUAAGCAAAAUUUCGGAUGCAGUGUUUAAAAAAAUGGAAGAUUCACUUUGCCGUCGCUGGAUACAAUUCAAAUUUAGUGGUAGAACGCAGGAAUAUUUUAUGGCAAACUACAACAUUCCUGGUGUGAUUGGAUGUAUAGAUGGAACACACAUCACGUUUCUGCGUCCUCCACAAGACGAGUACAUGUUCUUUAAUAGGAAAGGCAAACACAGCAUUAAUGCAAUGGUUAUAUGCAACGAGAAAUACGAAAUCCUAGCAAUAAAUGCUAAGUAUGGUGGCUGUGCACACGAUAGUUUUGUAUGGCACCAGAGCAGAGAACAUGAUCUGUUGGAAACACAAUACGAUAGCGGCAGAAGAAACUUUUGGUUGCUAGGGGACAGUGGAUAUAAAUUGGAACCGUACGUAAUAACUCCGUAUAGGAUAUCACCUGACAAUUCGCCGGAAGCGAAAUUUAAUGAGAUACACUCAAAGGCUCGCAGUGUUGUGGAACGGUGCAUCGGUGUUUGGAAAACACGUUGGCGUAUUAUACUAGAAGAGAGAAAAUGUCGUUACUUACCUUCAAAAGUGGCUAGAUUGAUAUACGUAACGGCAGCAUUGCACAAUAUAUGCUGCCAUUUUAAGGUUCCUUUAAACGAAAGAAUUUCUGUUGAUACAGAUGGUAUAGAUGAGACUAUAAGAUUCAGUAACGAAACAUCCACUGCUACCACGAAUCGAGAUAGGAUUAGAGAUGCAUUAUAAAUGUGAUUAAUAUUAGGGAAAAAAGAGGCGAAA